AAGUCCUAAUCCAUUUCCUUGCAAUUAAAACGAGGUCAUGGAUUUGCUCGGAAACACAUUUCAGCUUUUUUCACUCUUAUCCUUGAUCUUCAUGAUCACUGUUUCCGCAACAGAGUUCAAGAUCCCAAGGCUAGGAGCAUUCCGAAGAUCAUACCAUGAACCCAAACUCACUUCUGCCUUGGUUCCCCAUGAUUUCCAGACCUUCUUUUACUCCCAAAGGCUCGACCAUUUCAACUACAAGCCCGAAAGUUACACAACUUUUCAACAAAGAUAUGUGAUCAAUUCCAAGUACUGGGGUGGUGCAAAUUCCAGUGCACCAAUCUUUGCAUAUCUUGGUGAAGAGUCGGAUUUGGACAUUGAUUUGCCCCUGGUCGGAUUUCUGACAGAUAAUGCUUCACGUUUCAAGGCUCUACUUGUUCACAUAGAGCAUCGGUUUUAUGGGAAAUCAAUACCAUUUGGAUAUUCAAAGGAAGCAGCUAUGAAAAAUGCUAAUCUUCGGGGCUAUUUCACCUCAGUUCAAGCAAUAGCAGAUUAUGCUGACAUUCUUAUUCAUAUAAAGAAAACAUUACCUGCUAUGAACUCUCCCGUAAUUGUCAUUGGUGGUUCUUAUGGCGGAAUGCUUGCAGCAUGGUUUCGGCUAAAGUACCCCCAUAUCGCCCUUGGAGCUCUAGCUUCAUCAGCUCCAAUUCUUUACUUCGAUGACAUUGCACCACAAGCUGGUUAUUAUUCUAUUGUCACCAAGGAUUUCAAAGAAACUAGCGAAAGUUGCUAUGAGACUAUUAAAAAAUCAUGGUCUGAGAUCGACAAAGUCGCUUCCAAGCCUAAUGGCCUAUCAGUUCUCAGUAAGAAAUUCAAAACUUGCAGAAAACUGAAGAGAAGCCUUGACUUGAAGGACUACUUAGACUCAAUAUAUUCUGAAGUAGCUCAAUAUGAUGAACCCCCAGGUUACCCCCUUAGUACUCUUUGCCGUGCCAUUGAUGGAGCUGCCAAAGUAACUGAUAUCCUUGAUCGGAUAUUCGCCGGAGUUGUUGCUCACAAGCCAAAGAGGACAUGCUAUGACAUGGAUGAAUACAAUCAUCCAACUGACCAAAAUCUGGGAUGGAGGUGGCAGGUAUGUAGUGAGAUGGUGAUGCCCAUAGGCCAUGAAAAAAAUGAUUCCAUGUUCCCUCCUGCACCAUUCAAUCUAAACACCUUCACAAAGGCAUGCAAGAGCUUGUUUGGUGUCCAGCCUCAGCCUCACUGGAUAACAACUUAUUAUGGAGGAUAUGAAACUAGCGAAAGUUGCUAUGAGACUAUUAGAAAGUCAUGGUCUGAGAUCGACAAAGUCGCUUCCAAGCCUAAUGGCCUAUCAGUUCUCAGUAAGAAAUUCAAAACUUGCAGAAAACUGAAGAGAAGCCUUGACUUGAAGGACUACUUAGACUCAAUAUAUUCUGAAGUAGCUCAAUAUGAUGAACCCCCAGGUUACCCCCUUAGUACUCUUUGCCGUGCCAUUGAUGGAGCUGCCAAAGUAACUGAUAUCCUUGAUCGGAUAUUCGCCGGAGUUGUUGCUCACAAGCCAAAGAGGACAUGCUAUGACAUGGAUGAAUACAAUCAUCCAACUGACCAAAAUCUGGGAUGGAGGUGGCAGGUAUGUAGUGAGAUGGUGAUGCCCAUAGGCCAUGAAAAAAAUGAUUCCAUGUUCCCUCCUGCACCAUUCAAUCUAAACACCUUCACAAAGGCAUGCAAGAGCUUGUUUGGUGUCCAGCCUCAGCCUCACUGGAUAACAACUUAUUAUGGAGGAUAUGAUUUAAAGUUAAUUCUCCAUAGAUUUGGCAGCAACAUAAUAUUCUCAAAUGGCCUAAGAGAUCCUUACAGCAGUGGCGGGGUGUUGGAGAAUAUAUCAGAUAGUGUUGUUGCAAUCUACACAGUGAAUGGAUCUCAUUGCCUGGAUAUACUUCCGGCGAAGGAAAGUGAUCCAGAAUGGUUGACGCUGCAGCGGAAAAAUGAAGUGGAGACCAUUGAAGGCUGGAUUUCAAAGUACUACUUUGAUUUAGUAAAGUUUCAGGUUCAAACUCAAGCUUGAUUAUACUAAGAGCUACUAUAUAUGUAUAUAUAUAGUAGUGUGAAAAUAAUGAUAGAUGCUAUAU